GGAACAUUUACCAAAUAAUAUUGAAACAGAGUAUGUAAUCUCUUAAUCAGUAAUCACUGUUCACUUCCCUGGAUUUGUCUAUAGUUUAAGAUGGCGGCUGGUGAGAGUGACAGCGAUCUCAAACCCUCCCAAGUAGUUAUAGUGAGAGAAGUUUAUGAUAGUGAAAAUGCACAUAUUAAAUUUGAAAUGGAAUUGGAAAGAGCGCUUGAGGCUGGUGUGAGCAUCAUCGUAAUAGAACCAGAGCCUCUUGGAGAAGAAACCGCGAGAUGGAUAUAUGUAGGCAACCUCUUACAUAAAAUAUCUGUAUAUAGUGGCUUAUGUAGCAUCGCUUCAGGUCUUACAUGGAGUUCUUUGGCUUGCACACCCUUUGGUGUAGUGUCAGUUUUGUGUGCUGGUUGUUAUACAUUGUCAUGGCAAUGGGAUCCUUGUUGCAAAUAUCAAGAGGAGAAAGAUCUUCGUCGCUUGUCCAAACUACCAGUUUUAAGUGAUUUAACAUCAGCCUCACCUGUUGUUCUUGUACAUACUGAUAAUAGGAAAAAAAUACUUCUGCAUAGCACAGUAUCAUUAACGGCAGCUGCAAUUUGCUUAUGGAGAAUUUACAACACAUUCAAGUGAUGGUCUAGUGAAUAUAUAAUAAAAGUCAAUAUGCUCACAGUAGAAAAAUAUGUGAAUGUUAUAAAAAAGUAAUAAUAUAUUAUAGUUUAUGCUUAUAGUGCUCUGUAUCCUGUAUAAAAAAUUGUUUCUUGUAGAAAACUUUGUAAAUUUAUUAUAAUUAAUUUUAACUGUUAUUAGAUUAGACAUACAAUUUCUGUACAAAUAUAGUUUCUUUUAAAUAUAAGGAUGCUUUUCUAGAAAUGAUAGUAGUUGUUGAUUAUUUUAUAUAGUCAUGAUAACAGUGAGAAACAAGAAAAAAUUGUCACUGCUACCAUGAAAUAAAAGCUAUUACAUAA